AGUUGGGCGUUUAAAAUUGUCCCUUCCCUUAGUGUGGCCCUGUACCCGAAAUGGAGAGCAUUUCUGAGAAGUCUGAGGGGACCAGCAGCUCAUCAUUAGAAGAAUAUGAGAGUAAGCAUUGUAUCGGUAGUGCUGCGAGCGGUAUCAUAUACGACCGGAACCAGCGGAUAUUCAGGAUCUACACAGCUGAGACCUUGUAUACAUUUCGUAUAACAACUACUGGGCAGUUGGAGCAUCUGUAUUGGGGGCCUAAGCUUCCACUAAAGGAUGAUCUCACAUUCCUCUCCCUGAACUCUCUGGCUAUGGCUAGUCCAUUCGAUCCAACGGGACAAGCAGAGCCUGCUGGCAUACGGGAGCUCACGUCUGCCUAUGGGAAGCGGUUGGAAGUGGAGGAUCUCAGUGAUAGAUGGAAGACCUAUAGUCGCGAGGCUAAGAGUGGUAUAGGUGAGGACCUUAGACGAGAGAACGCCUUUUGGCGUAGAUGGCGGAUGUCUCAGCUGGAGAGGGCUGAGAUGGAGAAGGAGAGUGAUCAGAAAGAACUCGGAGUGGUGACCUUCGAGGAGUCCCCUCAGAAGUUAUCAAGCUGGAGGCAACAACACGUCAAACCCAGGCGCGGUUCGUCAUGGGGAUCACCGGCCUAUGGUCGGGCCACGACCAUGAGGGCAACGGCUCGGAGGGCCUCGGCUUUUGUGGGAAGACCUCCGAGUCCGACACGAUCUGAGGACGCUGGCCCGACCCACGUGUACCAGCAGAUCAUGGGUAAAAACUCCCUUAUGCUGGAAUACAGCGACUACGGUACUGGCGACUACAGACUGCCCAGCUUUGGAGUUCGAUACAACGCCAAGUCGGAGCUAGGUCACAGUGAGAUCUCCCCCGUGGAGUAUGUGGAUCAUAAGAUAGUACAGGGGAAAAGGCCGAUAUCUGAGAAGCCUCACUCGUCACUACCUCAAGUUCGCUGUGAAUCGGAGGAAGACUGUAUGACCCUAGAGAUCGACCUGCAAGAUCGAGUCUCGGGGCUCACUUUGACGCUCUACUUUACUGUCUAUCCAGAGUGGGACGUUAUUGUGCGGAAGACCCGAAUGAUGAACCCCUUAUCCUCUGGAUUCCCUGUUGGUGUAGAUCACUUGAUGAGUACUACAUGUAACUUUGAGUCUGGCAACCAUCACGUUACCCACUUAGGAGGUUCUUGGGGUAGAGAGGCUCAGAAGAUAAGCUUUCAGUUGCAGCAAGGAGCCAUCCGUAUCGAGUCUACUCGUGGGGUGAGCAGCCAUAUGCACAACCCUAUGUGUGUCAUUAGCAAAGGGCCGUAUAACGAGGAUGCUGGAUAUCAUUGGGGCUUCAUGUUCGUGUACAGUGGUAGCUUUCUCAUUGAGUGCGACACUAACGAGACUAAUAGGCUCAGAGUUAACGUGGGUUUCAACCCCUUGACUUUCAAGUGGAAACUUUAUCCCGGAGAGUCCAUCACUACUCCUGAGACCAUAAUGAUAUUCAGUAGCUCUGGGGCUACUAGUCUCACGCAUAAGUUCCACAGGAUAUUGCAGGAUAGGCUAAUCCCAUCUCGAUGGCGCUAUACGAGGCCACCAGUGGUGUGUAAUACGUGGGAGUCGAUGUACUUCGAUGUCACUCACGACAGGGUCAUGCAGUUGGCUCGUCAUGCUGCUGCUGUCGGGGCUGAGAUGUUAGUCGUUGAUGAUGGAUGGUUCACUAAUAGGAAUGAUGAUACGGGAGGGUUGGGGGACUGGGAAGUUGACAAGGAGAAACUCCCUUUUGGUAUACCACAUCUAUGUAACGCCAUCAACCAGUUGGGUUUGGGUUUUGGUUUAUGGAUAGAACCCGAGAUGGCAUCCCCUGGUUGUCAUCUACUACAGAAGUAUAAGGACUGCACAUUGCAAGCCAAGAAUAGGCCGAUGACUAUGAGGAGGCAUCAAUUCCUGUUAGACUUUAGUCAAGAGAGGGUCAGACGAUACGUCCUCAAGAAGUUGAGGUCCAUCCUAUCGAGUUGCAACAUAGCCUAUGUGAAGUGGGAUAUGAAUCGUCAUUUAACGGAGGCUCAGAGUGCUCUAUUAUCUGAUGAUAGACCACAAGGGGAGACCAUGCACAGGCAUAUGCUUGGAGUCUAUCAGGUCCUCGACUCUAUCACUUCCGAAUUCCCUCUGGUACGUUUUGAGACGUGUGCAGGAGGAGGUGGCAGGUUCGAUGCCGGCAUGUUGUAUUUUGGUCCCCAAAUUUGGGCAUCGGAUAACACCGACGCCUGCUGUAGAGCACGUAUACAAUCGGGCCUCUCUGUGGGUUACCCCAUGAUUACUAUGGGCAGUCACAUUACAGCCACACCUAACCAUCAAACUGGACGGGUCCUGCCGGGAAAUGUGAGAGGAGGAAUGUCCAUGCUUGGUGCCAUGGGCGUGGAGUUGAACCUUAUGAAGGCUGAUGUGGAGCUUCUUGAGGAGAUCAAAGCGUUACUGCAUGUCUAUAAAUCAGCAAUUGAUUCUAACCUUCUAAAGGGGAAAUUCUAUAGACUUUGGGACCCUUUUGAUAUGCACUCGACACAGGUAUUCGGUGCGGAGGCAACAGCCUGGAUGGAAGUAGCAUGUGACAGAUCUAGGGCUAUCGUGAUGGUGUGCAUGUUACAUCUGAAGGAGGUUGGUAAGAUCAUCCCAAGGCUUCAAUUGAAGGGUCUAUCAGAGGAUACCCUAUAUGACAUAAUAGAUCUCGCACCGAGCUCAUAUGUCCGUAACCCACAGACUCUACAAGUUGUGUGUAAUCCCGUACCGGUGUCCAAGUUCAGUGGUCUACAACUUAGAGGUGUAACUCUCAUGAAAGCUGGCUUACCACUCCAAUUCCUAUUCGAUGGGGAUUGUAGUCUAUUCGAGAUUAGGAGUGCUGACCUGGGCCCCCGAUCGGGACCAGCUCGCAGCUUCGACUUCACUAACCUCCACUGAGUAGUGUGAGCGCCUCAAGUGGCUGCAUAUCUCUUGCCGGCCCGUUCUCGUGUUACCUUAAACGUUGUCUACUCCAAGC